UUCUGAGUGCCAGCCCUGCCCCUCUGGCUUCUACUGUGAGGAACCUGGCCUCAGUGCCCCACUGGGCAGUGCUGGGAAGGGUUUUACUGUGACAGCCAGCAAGGGCCACUCAUCGAUGUCACCCUCUACCCCUGCCCACGGGGCUUCUACUGCCCAGCAGGGACCAGCAGCAGCUCUCAGCACAGCUGCCUGCAGGGACCUUGGAGCCAGGCAAAAACUGAAAUCUCUCCAGGAAUGUCAAAGAUGCCCAGCAGGAAAAUACUGUGAAUUCGCUGGCCUGGCUGCCCCCACAGGAGACUGUGCCGAGGGGUUCUGGUGCAGAAGUGGUGCCCGGGUGAGGAACCCCCAGGAUGGAGAGUCAGGGCUGCCCUGCCCUGCUGGCCACUACUGCCCUGAAGGAUAUUUCUGUGCCCUCCCUGGGCAGUCCCAGGUGACAGGACCCUGCCUGCCCGGGUUUUACUGCACUGGAGGAGCUGCCAGCCCCACUCCCAGGGAUGCUCUGGUGGGGAACUCGUGUCCCAAGGAUCCUACUGCCCUCUGGGCUCUGCCUCCCCCCUGCCCUGCCCUCCUGGCCGGUACAGCAGCUCAGCUGGGAACACUGGGAUCCAGGACUGCCUCCUCUGUGAUGCAGGUUAUUUCUGCAAUGGGACUGGGCUGGUGUCUCCCUACAGGAUUGUGUGAGGCUGGGUUCUACUGCAGUGGGGGAAGCCCUUUCCCCCAGACCGGCCAGGCCCAGUGCCAGUGGGGGUCCCUGCCCCCCGGGGCACUUCUGUGA